AUGGCUGCCGAUGGCCCCAACCCCGGCUUCUUGGGCAACCUCAACAAGGAUCAGGAAGUCAAGUUACAAAGUCUUUGGUCAGUCCUACUCAAGGCAGGGCAAAUAUCCCCACCAAAAGAACCUAUCAAUGGCUCCGUCGAGGAGCCUUGGAGUCCAACCCAACCCCACAGACGGUUGUCGCUUCUUGGCCGUACACAGAGCAACGUCUCCGAAAACCCCAUGCCAACCCUGAAUGAAUCUUAUCACCAAAACAUCAUGAAAUACCUAGGAGAAAUAGGGGCUGGUGUGGCUGAAUCCAACGCAAUCAAGAAGGCCCUCUCGGAGAUCACACCCACCGAGCUUCGUACGGGGUUACUUAACACUCUCAAACACGACCACCCCGAUGCCGUGCUUUUACGCUUCCUCCGCGCUCGCAAAUGGGAUGUUCCCAAGUCAUUUGCAAUGAUGAUGGAAGCAGUCGUUUGGCGAUUAAAGGAAAUGCAUGUAGACGAAGAUGUGAUGGCAAAGGGGGAGUUACAUGCCCUUAAGCAGACGCAAAACAAAUCCAGCAUAAGUGAACGGAAGGCCGGAAAUGACUUCAUGUCUCAAAUGCGCAUGGGAAAGAGUUAUGUGCAUGGUAUUGAUAGGGCUUGUCGCCCAAUCGUGGUGGUGAGAGUCCGCUUACACAAGCCUGGGGCUCAAAGUGAAGAAUCUUUGGAGAGACAUAUUGUCCAUCUGAUUGAAUCGGUCCGGCUUACAAUGGCUCCUCCGGUUGAGACUGCAGCUGUGUUAUUUGAUAUGACCGGCUUUGGACUGUCCAAUAUGGAAUAUCCACCUGUCAAAUUUAUUCUCAGAUGUUUCGAAGUUAACUAUCCAGAAUGUUUGGGAGUUAUGCUUAUUCAUAAUGCCCCGCGGGCUUUCUCAGGGAUUUGGCGACUCAUUCGAGGCUUGAUGGAUCCCGAAAUUGCAGCCAAGGUUGAGUUCACAAAUAGUGUUGCCGACCUCGAGAGGUUCAUCCCCCGUGAUCAGAUCGUGGAAGAGAUGGGCGGCGACGAGAAAUGGUCAUAUAGAUACAUUGAGCCCAGUCCUACAGAAAACUCCAAGAUGGAUAAUACUACGAUACGGGAUGCACUGAAACGGGAGCGACAAGCUAUUGGCGAAGAGUUCUUGGGUGCUACAUCUGGGUGGAUCAAUGCGACUAAAUCAGGGGACGCGACGACGCUCCAUUCCAGCGAAAGCGAAAGGGCUUAUCUAGCCGAGCGACUCCGCGUCAACUACUGGAAACUUGAUCCCUAUGCUCGAGCCCGUCUUCUCCUGGACCGAACAAACGUUAUUCAAGAUGGUGGCAAGAUUGAAUUUUAUCCUCAGGCAGCUCCUAUGGACGGUGAUGUUGAAAUAACCAAGGGAUUGGACGUGAAACAUUUAGAGCGGGUUGGGGAUGCUGCUCACUCACUCUUCAUCAUCUUCUCUCCUCAAACUCUCCCGCCUCGUGCUUGUAUUCAUCUUCCAUCAAUAGGCUGGUUUCCCCGCGCCAAAUUCGGUCCGGGCUCAACAGUCCUCUUUGAAAAGCCAACAAUCAGCGCAUGGUCAAUCCGAGAGAAACAGUCCCAGAACAACCACCAGCAAGAGGAAUGGGAUCAGGAUCUCGAGUCUGGUCCAUCAACAGCCGAGGUAACAUUCCACGUUCAGCAGGACAAUGGUCCAACGGCAUACAUGCGAGUAUACAUGCAGGUUCCACAUCCAUCUACCGAAUUUGAACCUCGUGAAGUUCGACGUCGCCAAGCCGCUCCCUGUCCACAUCUUGAAGUCAACGCCCUAAAGUGCCUCCACCAGGAACAUGCCACUAUGGCACCUGCCCUCCUCGGGAUUAAGGAGGAACUCCAAGGCGAUGAUGACGUCGUUCCAGGUGGUCACAUAGUCUACAUGGUGUUCGAGCACGUACCUGGAAUUCGACUUGCCGAUGAUCAAGGAGCACCUGUCCCUGGGUAUCCAUUACAUACGUUCUUUCGAGAGUUCGAGCGUGCGGAACGAGAUAAGAUUCGCGAUGAGUUCGACAAAGAUUACCCUACGCUGACGAAGUUUGAUUGGUCAAUCUACGAAACCUGGGCCGACCGUCUUGUGUGGGAUCCUGUCUCUUCGAAGCUGUGGUUCGUCGAUUUCAGAAAGGUGAUGGAUGCGGGCUGGCUGAAGAGAAUCCGCUCGCUUCGCCACGAACAAAAUCCCCGUACAGAGGCGGACCGGGGCCCCAUGCAGCUUAUCUGGGAACUCUGGGGUCUUGCCAUUCCCCCUUCCAACCCAAAGGAUCUAGACGAACUUACGGCAUGGAAACUGUGA